GAACACAACAUUUGACGUGUUGCCACUCAAUUUUCAUUUUAUAAAAGCAGAAAGUAAAAUGUGUUUGAGCUAAAUUGUCCAGUUACAUGAGAGGCCAAUGUGGUGGGUGGUGUGCGUGGUGAGCCUGGUGACCGUCGGGGCUGCUGCUCAGUUUCACCACCAUGGUGGCUAUGACGGUCAAGAUCGUGACCACUUUCUUGAUGAUGAAGCGCCGGCACCGACGUCCGACAGUUCCCCAUACGCGCUAACCAGGGUCCGCCGCUCUAUGGACGGUGACGUCAGGACUCUCGACCCUGACGAAAUAGACGAUGUCCAAGGCGCGAUUCAGCAACUGCUUUCUGGAAGAAAUGUGGAUUUUGCGCCAACAAGAAGUUCUAGCAAAUACAGCAUGGAGCGGAACAAAAAGCAAGAUGAUACUACUGGCAGCGCGUUUGAUAUCACCGUGACCACUACUGACACUCAACAAACCUUCACGGAUCUGACGCCGUCCAGGUCACACUUCACGAGCGCCUCAAUGAACAUGGAGCGGGAUUGGCUCCGCGAGAGUGAGAUCCUUAGGCAACGGAGAAUCGGCGCAUCAACGGAUCAGUCAACUGCUAACACCACGGCCACCGAAGAGUCCACCACCACCACUGUGGCAACCACCACCAUACCCAAGUUCGACAUUGAUGCUCUUCUGGCCAUUGUGGCCAAUCUGACGUACGACUACGACACCAACCUGACGCACGAGCUGAACGAGACGCUGCAGCGGUACUCGAUCCCGACGUGCGCGACGCCCACCACCACAACCACCACUACUGCCUCGACGGUUACCACCGAGAAAUGGUACUCCACCAUGGUUGUUGCUAAGUGUUUCGUUUGCGGAAUGGACGCGAGCGGCAUUCCUCAAGACGCGUACUGCGCGGACGCCUUCGCCACCGACUUCCUGCCGCUGGUGCCGGUCGACGCUCGCGCUAAGGGUCACAUCGCCCGUUUUAGGAAAUAUUGUCGAUAUUUUGAUGUGAACAAUUUCCAGCUCAACCAUUCGGACCCGCGCGCUGUUCUGGGUCGCUGGACAGGAGGCUGUGCGGUUCGGUGGAUAGACCUAAGCGGCGUGUACACGCAGCGCACGUGCCGCAACCGAGUGCGACCGGCGACCGGCCGGCACUACGGCAGCAAGAGGAUGGCCAAACUGGAGCUCACGCUGUCUAACAUGGAUGAUGGCUGCAUCAUCAGUCCCAUGGCGACACUGGUGCCUCUCUCCCGCGGUGUAUCUCUCUACGCGCGGUUCCAUGCUUGCGUCUGUACUGGUAACUGGUGCAACAAGGCCGUAGUCAAGCAGCAGUGGACUGGGUGGUCGUGGUUGUUGUUAGUUGUGGUGGACAUUUUAAGAUAGAUGCGAAGAAUGGUGGUGCACGAGAAUGAACGAAAAAUAAUGUGUUGGAUUCAUAAUAAAUAGCAAAAAUAGGUUUUAACGUGAAAUAAAAAAGGAAAUAUUUAUAAUUUAGUAAAAAUUGUAAAUUAUUUAGUUAUCUUGUAGUGUGUAUAUUACGUUCUACAACAAUAACAUAACGUGUUUUAUAUUAUUGUCGUUUAUUAUAGUUAUUCAAUGUUAAUUAUUUUUAAUUCAUAUUUGUGCGCCGCCAUCUUGACCGCCAUAAUGUAUUUUCCAUUAUCUUUCUAAAUGUGUUUGGAACUUAAGAGUGCAGUGUAUUGAAGUUUUUAGUAUUUACCUUUUACUUGUAUUAAUUUUGACAUUAUUAAAAUAUAUAGUUUCAUACCUGUA